AUGUUGUGGGUGUUGGGGGGGGUGGUGUGUGAGUGUGUUUGUGGGUGGAUUGGGUUGAGUUGUGGAUUGGAGUGGUUGGGUUGGGUGGGUGGUUGGGUUUGGGGUGUGAUUUGUUAUUGGUUUGGUUGUUGGUGUUGGUUUGAUUGGGAUGGGUGUGGUUGGGGUGUGGGUUGGGGGGGGGGUGUUUGUUUGUGGUUUAGGUUGGUUGUUGGUGUGGUGGUGGUGUUAUUGUUGUUGUGUUUUGGGGGGGUGUUUGGUUUAGGUGGUUUUGGAUGUGGUGGGGUUGGGGUUUGGGUGGGGGGGUUUAGUGGGGGGGUGGGUGAUGGGGGUUGGGGUGGUUGGUGUGUUGGGGGGGUAGUGGGGGGUUGGGUGGUUGGGGUGGGUGGGUGUGUUGGUUGGGGGUGGUGGUGGUUUGUGUUUGGUGGGGGGUGGGGUGUGGGUUGGGGUGGUGUGGUGUUGGUGUGUGGGUUGGGGAUGGGGGUGUGGGGGGGGGUGGUUUGGUGGGUUGUUUGGGUUUUGAGUGGGUGUUGUGGGUGUGGGGUGUUGUUUUGGGUUGGGUGGGGGGGUGGGUUGGGUGGGUUGGGGGGGGUGGGGGUGGGGGUGGGUGUGGGGGGUUGGGGGGGGUUUGUUGUGUUUUGUUGUGGUGUGGUGGUUGGUGGGGUGGGGGGGGUUGUUGUUGGGGUGUGGUGGGGGGGGGGUUUUUUGGUGGGGGGGGGGGGGGGGGGUGGGGUGUUGUUGGGGGGGUUUGUUGGGUUUGUUGGGGGUGGGGGGGGGGUGGUUGUUGUGUUGUUGGGUGGGGGGUUUGUGUGGUUGUGUUGGGUUGGGGGGGGGGUGGGGGGGGUGGGGUGGGGUGGUGGGGGGGGGUGUGGGGUGGGGGUGUGUGUGGGUGUGUUGGUGUUGUGGGGGGUUGGGGGGUGGGGGGGGGGGGGGGGUUGGGUGGGUGGGGGGGGGGGGUGGGGGGGGGUGGGGUGGGGUGUUGGGUGUGUGUUUUGGGGUUGUGGGGUUUGGGUGGUGUGGGGGGUGGGGGGGUGUGGUGUUGGGUGGGGGGUUGUUUGGGGGGGGGGGGGUUUGUUGGGGGGGGGGUUUUGUUGUUUGGUGGGAGGUGUGGGGUUGGUUGGGGGUGGUGGGGUUGGUGUGGAGGUUGUUGGGUUGUGUGUGUGGUUGGGUGGGUGGGGGGUGGUGUGGGGGGGGUUUGUGGGGUUGUGGGGGGGGGUGUGUGGGUUGUUUGGGGUGGGGGGUGGGGGGUGGUUGGUGUGGGGUGGGGUGUGGGGUGGGUCGGGUGGGUGUUGUGGGGGUGUGGUGUGGGUUGUGGGGGGGGGGUGGGGGGGGGGGGGGGGGGUGUUGGGGGUGGGGGUGGGGGGGGGGGGGGGUUUUGGGGUGGGGGUGUGGUGUUUUGUGUUGUGUGGGGGGGGGGGUUUGGGUGUUGUUUUGGUGGGUGUUGGGGGUGGGGUUGUGUGUGGUUGGUUGUUGUGUUGGUGGGUUGGGGGUUUGGUUUUUUGGGUGUUUGUGGGUGGGGGUGGGGGUGGGGGGGUUUGGGUUGGGGUGGGGUUGUGGGGGGGUGGUGGGGGUUGGUUGGGUGGGGUUGUGGUUUGUGGGGUUUGUGGGGUUGGUUUGGGGUGUGUUGGGUUGGGGGUUGGGUGUGGUUUGUUUUGUGGGUGGGGUGGGGUGGGGGUGGUAUUGUUGGUGGGUGGGGGGGUGUGGGGUUGUUUGGUGGUUGGGGUUGGGUUUUUUUUUUUGUUUGGUUGGUGGGGUGUGUGGUGGGGUGUGGUGGUGGUGUGGUGGUUUGUGUGUGGGUGUGGUUGUGGGUGGGGUGUGUUUUUGUGGGGUGGGGGGGGUUUGGUGGGGGUGUGGUGGGGUGUGUUGGGGGGGGGGGGGGGGUGUGGGGAGGGGGUUUGUGUGGGGGGUUUUGGGUUUUGGUUUGUGGUUGUUGGGUUUUGGGUGGUUGUUGGUGGUUUGGGUGGGGGGUUUGUUGUUUGUUUUUUGGUGGGGCGUUGGGGUUUUAUGGUGUUGUUGUUGGUGGUUGUGGGGGUUGGUGUGGUGGGGUUUUGGUUGUGGGGUGUGUGUGGUGUUGGUUGGGGGGGGGGUGGGGGGUGUGGGUGGGGGGUGUUGUGGUGGGUGUGGUGUUGGGGGGGGUGGGUUGUGGGGUGUGUGGUGGUGGUGGUGGUUGGGUGGGGGGGGUGUUUUGGGGGUAGGGGUUUGUGGGUUUGUGGUGGUGUGUGUGUGGUGGUUGGGGGGUGGUUUAUUUUGGUUGUGUGUUGGGUGUGGGUUGUUUGUAUUGAGGGGGGUAGUUGGUUUUGUGGAGUUGUGUGUGGUGUUGGUUGGGUUUUGGGGUGUUUGGUGGUUGGUGUUUGGGGGGUUUUUGUGGAGGUUUGGGAUUGGGUUUGGGGGGAGUGUGGUUUUUGUGGUUGUGUGGAGUGUUGUGUUUUGGUUGUGUUGGGGGGUUAUGUGUUUUAG